CUGUCCCCCACUCUCCCAACCCCACAGAUGCUCCGAGUCCUAGCCCCUGCCCCAGCAAUGGCUCCUGGGGCUCCCUCGUCCAGCCCCAGCCCUAUCCUGGCUGUGCUGCUCUUCUCCUCUUUGGUGCUGUCCCCAGUCCAGGCCAUCGUGGUUUACACAGACAGGGAGGUCCAUGGUGCUGUGGGCUCCCGGGUGACUCUGCACUGCUCCUUCUGGUCCAGCGAGUGGGUCUCAGAUGACAUCUCCUUUACCUGGCGCUACCAGCCUGAAGGGGGCCGUGAUGCCAUCUCGAUCUUCCACUAUGCCAAGGGGCAACCCUACAUCGACGAGGUGGGAACCUUCAAAGAACGCAUCCAGUGGGUAGGGGACCCUCAAUGGAAGGAUGGUUCCAUUGUCAUACACAACCUGGACUAUAGUGACAAUGGCACUUUCACCUGUGACGUCAAAAACCCACCGGACAUAGUGGGCAAGACCUCUCAGGUCACGCUCUACGUCUUUGAAAAAGUGCCAACUAGGUACGGGGUGGUGCUGGGAGCUGUGAUCGGGGGUGUCCUGGGGGUGGUGCUGUUACUGUUGCUGCUGUUCUACUCUGUGCGGUACUGCUGGCUACGCAGGCAGGCAGCCCUGCAGAGGAGGCUCAGUGCCAUGGAAAAGGGAAAAUUGCACAAACCUGCAAAGGAUUCGUCUAAACGCGGCCGUCAGACGCCAGUCCUAUAUGCCAUGCUGGACCACACCAGAGCCAAAGCUGCCAGUGAGAAGAAGCCCAAAGGGCUGGGGGAGUCUCGCAAGGAUAAGAAAUAG